AUGCCGAAUGGCGGCUCCUAUGCCCUCUGUGCCCUGCAGAUUGAGUUCCAGCCCGACGGCACCGUGUUUGCUGCCUACAACACCCGGUACCCUGUGCCCCAGGACAAGACCAAGGCCAAGCCCUUCCCAAACAAGUUCACGAAAAAGAACCCCUCCCCCGACAACAACCUCUACUACUCAUGGGACGUCCCAGGCACCGCCCACUUUAUUGCGCUGACGUCAUACAUCCCCAACGACACGUUCACUGUGAACACGGCCCAGUACAAGUGGCUCGAGGCCGACCUCAAAAAAUUCGACCGCAAGGCCACGCCCUGGCUGAUCGUGUACUUCCACGCGCCGUUCGUGAGCUCCUACGAGGCGUCCUUCAAGCAAGUGGAGUGCAUGAGGCUCACUUAUGAGCCCCUGCUCUAUAAGUAUGGCACCAACCUCAUCCUCAACGGCCACGUCCACGCCUAUGAGCGCUUCUACAACAACUACAACUACACGCUGGACCGCUGCGGCCCCGUGCACAUCACAACACGGGCGUCGGCCGGCGGCCAGCAGCACCGCGCGGCCUAA